UUCUCUUGUUUCGCGUCCUAUCCUUAAGACUUAAGACACCAGCAAUGGCGAAGACGGCUGUAUCUCGGUUUGCUACGAUUAUUAGACUUAUUCGAUUCUGUGUUAAGAUCUGUGGCACCGAUGUCUCCAACCCUAACUAUCGUAUGUGGGCCUGGACUUAUCUCAUCACUGUCACCAUAUUCGCAUACUUUGGGUUCACCGGAUACACAGUGUAUAGGGCUGUGCAGGAGAGGGAUUUCACGACCAUUUUGCUUGCGAUUGCCACGGUUGGUUCGGGCGCUCAGGGCCUGGUAAAGCUGGUGUGCUGCGUGGGUAAUGCUACGUUAGUACGAAAUAUACAACUCACCUACGAGUCCAUGUACAGGGAGUACGAGGACAGAAGUCGCGUAUACUCCAAGUAUCUGCACCAGCGCAUCAAUAACUUCUAUUACCUUGUGCUGGGCUUCGUCUUUCUCUACACGACUACGGUCAUCAUAAUGAUCUGCUUUCCCCUGUUCGAGCUCGUCGUCUACAACAAGAAAGCCAUGAUCUUGCACUUCCUGAUACCAGGCAUCGAUCACAAAUCCGACACUGGAUAUGUGAUUAUGUUUGGCAUCCACUCCACGUUCUUGUUCUUGGGCGCAUUUGGCAACUUUGGCGGCGACAUGUAUCUAUUUUUAUUCAUUAUCAAUAUACCGCUGCUGAAGGACAUAUUCAAAGAGAAGUUCAACGAGCUCAACGAGCUGGUCGUGCAGCCAGACAAGUAUAAGGAGAUGCAUGCAAAGCUCUGGGAUCUGCUGGACUGGCAUCAGAAGUACGCGACAAUACUGCGAGGAACAAAGAAAAUAUACACGGCUGUCAUGUUUGUCGAGCUCAUAUCAACUUGCUUCGGCAUUCUGUGCACUAUCUCCUGCAUCUUCAUGAAAAACUGGCCCACAGCGCCAUUCUACUUACUAUAUUGCUUCAUAGUGCUCUACACCUUUUGCGGUCUGGGCACCAUUGUAGAAACCACGAAUGAACAAUUCACAAAUGAAAUUUACUCGAACUGCUUGUGGUACGAGCUGCCGGUGAGGGAGCAGAAGCUCGUCAUUCUCAUGCUGGCCAAGUCCCAGGACGAACGCUCCCUAACUGCGGCGGACAUGCUCCCACUGUCGAUGACAACUGCUCUACAAUUGACCAAGGCCAUCUACAGCUUCAGCAUGAUGAUGAUUACAUACUUGGACUACGAGAUAUAAAAGAGAGAUUGUCAGUCGUUGAUGAGCGAGAAAGUCGCUCUUAAUACAUUAUUCCUCUGCA